ACUCGGACUCUUCGAGAAUCCCAUCGGAUCCAACGUCACUGGUGCACUUCGUACUCACCGUUGCGAGGAUUCCCGCUUUUCUUCUCAGCGACAUCGGCCGGCGACGACAGGUGUUUCUUCCUUCUCUUCGUCCUCCGAUUUGAUCCACUUGUUCAAUGAACCCAGUAAAGCGUUUGCCGAGGAGUGUUCAUGGUCCCCUGAGAUCUAGCGUACUUAUGUUUGACUUGCCGAGAGUGGUGGAAGAAUUGGUGAACAAUAGUCUAGAUGCUGGUGCUGCUAAGGUCUCUGUUUUUGUAAAUGUGAGAACAUGUUAUAUCAAAGUAGAAGAUGAUGGUCGUGGUAUUUCGAGAGAUGAACUGGUCAUCUUGGGAGAAAAACGUGCAACUUCAAAGUCUGCUCUCUUGGAUGACAUAAAAGUUGGCAGUCAUGGAUUAGGUUCUGAAGGAGACAUGAUGAUCUCACUUUCAGAUAUUUCAAUAGUUGAAAUUCGAACAAAGGCACGAGGGAAGCCCAAUGCAUAUUGCAAGAUUAUAAAGGGAUCAAGGUGCUUAUUUCUUGGAAUUGAUGAUCAGAGAGAAGAUGUUGGCACAACAGCACCAGUACCCCAGUCCUAAAAUGGUGCCUUAUGGCUCUCUCUCAUCUCCUGCAGUUGUUGUUCGAGAUUUAUUUUACAACCAACCUGUUAGGAGAAGAUACAUGCAAUCUAGGUUGCUUUCUUUGAACUUGUGCACCUUGUCUUCACACAAAAAGUGAUUCAUUGUGUGAAGAAAGUUAUUGUACGAGCUGCUUUAGUCCACCCACAAGUUUCUUUCAAACUGAUUGAUAUUGACAGAGAAGAUGAGCUACUUAACACAGUGCCUGCCUCAUCUCCUCUGCCUUUGGUUUCUAGUAUGUUUGGCGAUGUAUCUUGUUCACUUCGCGAAGUGGGUUUCUCUGAUGAUAUACUUAUGCUUACUGGAUAUAUUUCUCGACCGGGCGAAGUUUUCUCUACGAAGGUUCUCCAGUAUCUAUAUGUGAACUUGAGGUUUGUCAGCAAGGGUCCAAUUCAUAAUUUGCUCAAUAAUCUGGCAUCAACAGUUAUGUGUUCUUCAGCUCUUCAUUCUGUUGAUCAUCUUCUGCAAGGCAGAAAGAAACGAAAAAUACAAGCUAAUCCUGCAUUUAUACUUAACCUACACUGCCCUUUUUCUCUCUAUGGUAUUCAUUCUGAACCAUCAAAGACAAUUGUUGAAUUCAAGGACUGGGAAAAAAUCUUAACAUUCUUUGAGGAAGCUGCUAGACAUCAUUGGCAGCAACAUUUGGCACCUCCUCAGCAAGGCAAUUCUUUUCCCCAGCAAAAUCACAGACCUAGAACAUGUAAAGCACAAGAUGAAGAAACUUCCAUUAGAGAUACUACGAAGGGUGUUAGCUUCAUGAAGAAGAGAAGCAGUUGCCAGAUACAACAGAACUCUCCCCAGACACAAAUGACAAUCCCACUAGGUUUUAAUUCAGAAGAUACUGAUGUUUCUCAAGAUCAUGAAAGGUCAAAGAAUGAUCUCAAUAAUUUUUUUAGGAAUUCUGAAUCAUGUCAAUUUGAAAUUGAUAAGAUCAAGGAGUCAAGUCCUCUCCAAAUUUUCAAGGAAAGUGCAGAAAAUUUGCUUGAUUCGACAUACCAUAACAUCACUUGCAUGGACAUUGAUUCUUAUAAGGGUUUUAGCAAUUGUUUGUUGCAAAAUAAUGUUAUUUCAGAUCCCGUACCUCAGUUUGUAGAUGAGCAUGAUAUGCUAAAUUCUUGUUCUAAGUACAUGUGUUCUAAAGAAGUAGGAAACUCGAGUGAGGCGGCAGCUUCUGAUGCUACUUCACCUAAGUUUCAGGAUGCCAAAAUAACAUAUCAACAAGUUGAGUUUUCACCUCCCUUUUGUUCUUUGCUCAGCAAAUCAGGUACUAAAUCUACUAAUGGCUACUCGUUAAUGAAAAAUAUGAACUAUGGCUCGCCAUACUACUCAAGGCAUAGCGAAUCGAAUUGCAGUAUUGAUUGGUCAAGAAGUGACUUGUCUUGUGAGGAUAUAGAUCUCAUGAUUUCUGGUUAUAACAUUAAGCAUUUAAACUACAGAAGUACAUUUCCUUGUGAAAUAGUUGAUGUCUCUAUUCCUUCUUUUCCAACAGUUAGAAAAUGCCAGACAAUUAGGCAUCCUUAUGUCUCAUCUAGUGAUUUGAUCAGCCCUUAUUCCUUUGGUCAUGAUUGCUUAAGCAGUUCCCAGGGGUUUGAUAUUGGUCUAGGAGAGUGGGCAAUUAGUCCCCAUUAUGAAAUUCCUGGCUUAUGUGCCUGGCCUACAAGAUCAACUGUGGAGGAAUUUGGUCCUAAAAAUAGGAGCCCUUCAGAAAGCAAAUUGAUGCCUUUUGAAGGUUAUGAAAAUUGGCCUUGUCAGAAAUCAGAAUGCAAAGAUGAAUGUCUGAGUCUAACUCAGGAUAGUUCAACUGUUCUUUUUCCACGCGAAAGAUGCAUGGCAACCAAACUGGACUGGAAUUUCUCACCAAGUCCCAUGAGUAAAACACACAGUUUUCAACUUGCAGAUGAUAUGGACUCGGAAAAUGUUUGCUCAUUUCCUACAGUAGCUAAGUUGGACUGGAAUCACUCUCAAAAUCCGUUGAGAAAAACAUAUAGUUUUUGCCCUAAAGAUGAUAUGGUAUUUGACAAUAUUUGCUUAUCUGGUAAGGUAAAUGAUGAUAUUAGCUGCUUUUCAAUAGGAACUUUGGAUUGCAAUUACAUGGAGGAUAAGCCCAAAUGGGAUGCUGUGCAAAAGGAUAGUGUGAAGGUAGGAAAUUUGCAGGAUGCCCAAGAAUUUCAAAGUAAACGUUUACCUUUGAAUUACAUGGAAAGAUCAAGAAGUCAGUCAGCUCCUCCCUUUUACAGAGGCAAGUGCAAGUUCUCUGUCCUUGGUUGUCCGACUACCGUAGCUGUGAAGAAAUCUAGUUCUCCAUUCUCCAAAAAAUCAAUUGGUGAUUUGUCACACCCUUAUGCAUCUCAGCCGCUCCUGCAGCCUUUCGCCUCUGAGGAUUGCCUGCAAGAUUCCAUAGAACCCAGUAGUGAAAAGAUAAACAUUUAUGAUGUAAGAUACCGCUGCCCAGACAAUGCAAUCAAUGAUAUACAAGAAGAUUCAACAUCUGUGUUGGUUAAAUGGCGUCCUGGAGUUUACCAGACUAAGGAUGGUGGCAGUUCACAGAAAUCUUUCCAACAGGCUGAUGAUAUACUUGACAUUUCUUCUGGUCUCCUACAUUUCACUGGUGACUCAUUAGUUCCUGAAUUAAUUGAUAAAAAUUGCCUGCAUGAUGCUAGGGUUCUCCUUCAGUUGGACAAUAAAUAUAUUCCAGUGAUGGCUAGUGGAAAUUUGAUGGUCAUUGAUCAGCAUGCAGCAGAUGAACGGAUUCGUUUAGAAGAACUGCGUCGAAAAGUUCUGUCUGAUGAAGGCAGAGAAAUUACUUACCUAGAUUCAGAGGAGGAGUUGGUUCUUCCUGAGAUGGGGUUUCAGCUGUUGCAUAAGUAUGCUGAGAAGAUAAAGGCAUGGGGUUGGAUUUUUAAUAGUCAAAGCCAAUUGCCUGAGUUAUUCCAGAAGAACCUGAACCAUUUUAAAAGAAACCAAUGUGGUGUUACUCUUGUUGCCGUGCCUUGUAUCUUAGGUAUUAAUUUGACCAUCAAGGAUCUUCUUGAGUAUAUCGAGCAGCUUGUCGAAACUGAUGGAUCAUCAAGUCUUCCACCUUCUGUUCUUCGGAUUCUUAAUUCCAAAGCUUGCAGAGGCGCAAUUAUGUUUGGUGAUUCUUUGUUACCCUCGGAGUGUUCUUUGAUUGUGGAAGAACUGAAAGCAACAUCCCUAUGUUUUCAGUGUGCUCAUGGAAGGCCAACCAUGGCCCCUCUUCUGAACAUCUCGGCGCUUCAUGAGCAGUUGGAGAAGCUUAAAUUCAACAAUGGGGGCGCAAAUGAGGCAUGGCAUGGACUCCGCCAUCAUCCCCGUAGCAUUCAUCAUGCGCAAAUGCUUCUAGACUCCAGUAAUAGGUUUUGCGGUGGAUGAUAAGUUUGCCUACUAGUGUUCGAGUUAUCUUCGAUAUAUUGUCGAGAAACACCAUUUUUCAAUGUUAUGAUUCACAAUCAUGAUCCUUGAGCUGUUUCGAUGUAAGAACCACUCAUUUGCAAUUGCUAAUAAUGAUAUAUGUUAGUCGCAA